CACACACACACUCCCUCGUGCGCUCCGAGUCCUCAUGGAGAAAUUCCCUCCUAAAUUCAGCAGGACGUUAGUGACGCCUGAGCCACAUUAUAUCCCAGGGUAUGCGGGUUACUGUCCACAGCUGAAAUAUCACAUGGGAGAGACAUACGGUCAGCUGACGGCACAGCUCCUGACCUCUCCAGAGAUUUCCCGCUCUCAGAGGCUGGUUCUGCACUCGGGACGUUUCCCCUCCACACAGAGGGACACGGAAGACGAUACCUGUAGGAGACGGACAGGAUCGGGCAGACAGCUGGACAGAAUGAUACCAGGAUACACAGGUUUUGUUCCUAAAAGUCAGAACUUCUUCUCAAAGACGUACGCAGAGACGUGUCGAGAGGCUCUCAGUGAGUUUGAGUCGGAUCAGAAAAGGAAGAUCCAGCUAAUGUCAGCUGAUCUGCUUCCUGCGGUCAGUUACACAAUGUCAGACUUCAAACCGCGGAGCCUCAUCACCCCUUUAAAAGCCAUCUCUAAGGAAGCUGCUCCUUACAAACCUGUGGACCCUUGGAAGCCACGUGGAUCCCCUUAUUUCAUGGAUGACAGCAGUCCAUACAAGUACUUCAUUUCAGGGUUUACCGGUUAUGUCCCUAAAGCUCGAUUCCUGAUCGGAACUAGCUAUCCCAUCACCACCAACAAGGCUCUGAUCCAAUUCAGUAAGGAGAUGAAGGUGGGUCACAGUGUGAGGGAGGGGGGCAACAAUCUGCCCUCAGCAUCCACCAUCUACCCAACUCACCACGGCCUACUGCCCUCUUAUACAGGCCAUGUUCCAGGUUACAAAUUUCGGUAUGGCGAGACGUUUGGGCAGCUGACCAACAAUGCCCUGGCACACAGUGGUGCCCGCAGAGAUUUAAAGAGCAAGUGAUGGAUCUUGGGACUUUUAGUUGGACCCCACCAGCUAAAAAGUUAAACAUCUAAUUGCAAUUAAAGGAAUCGGGCUAAAAUGCAACAUGAACGAAGCUGCUUUGGUGUUGAAGUUAAUGAAAUGUUUUGGUUUGGACAGGGAGUGUGUUCAGUGGUGAAGAUAUUACUGUGUAUAGAAUUUCAGGACACUGAGAGAUUUAAUAGAUCUGAUAUGCCAAAUGAAGGAUUGUAAAAUAUGUAUAAAAAUGGUAAAUUAAGUGUCUUUUGUCCUUAUAAUGUUUACUAUAAAUUUUCAUAGUAGAUUAUUUCCAUAAAAAAGUCCAAACUGUAGGUAUGAUUCAACAAAUCUUUAUUAUCACAGGAAUCUCAUCAAGCAAUGUUUUAACACCA